AUGGCAGCCGCACAAGCAGGCGCUCUCUCGUUCUUGACUGCCACAGGCCCCAACUUCAAGCCGGCAGCCGACAGACCUGCCCCGCAAGGGCUGGAUGUUUACCCAGUCUCCCUGACCGCAUCCACCUCCGUUUUAUCUCGUACGUUGAGCCAUCUCACCCGCUCCUCCAACAAUGGGAGCGGUCUCAUCAAAGUCGGGAAGGUUGCCCAAGGCGGUGCGCGGAACAAACUGAGUUUGAAGGAUCAGGAAAGACGACACGACGGUGUGGACUGGUCGGCCGUGAGGGUGCGGGACGAGUUUCCCACAAGCUUUGCCGUGUGGGCAAGCAUGACGUGA